AUGAGCGAGAUCCACUUGGACGCAAAGGCCUUUCAUAGAAGAGCCCGUCUCUUGCUAAACAGUUUCAGUACUGCUAGUGCUGAUUAUGCUGGUGCCGAUGCUCUGUGCUUUAUGGUCGGAUCUGGAGACGAUUCUCCCAUUUAUUCCAAGUCGAUUUCCUUGCAGACUUGGUUAUUCGGAUACGAAUUUCCUGAUACAAUUACUGUGAUAGUCGACGAAAAAUUUUAUUUCUUGACAACCGUCAAGAAAGGUGUUUAUCUCGACGAGCUUCAUCAAGAAAAAGGUGUACCAUUUGAAGUACUUAAGCGCACAAAAGACGAAUCUCACAAUGCAUCCUUUUUCAACACUCUAUUGACAGAAAUUGCUGCUUCAAAAAAUGGAAGCAAACUUGGUGUCAUUACAAAAGACGAGUUUUCUGGAAAGAAUAUUGAUGCAUGGAAAAAAGCUCUUGCUGAAUUUAAAACUCCUUUCACUCAAGUAGAUGUCAGUGCAGCCAUCGCUAUGCUUCUCUCAGUCAAAGAUGAAGACGAACUGAAAACCAUUCGUCUCGCGGCCAGAAUCUCAUCUGCGACCAUGAAAAACUUUUUUAUUCCUCAAAUGUCUGCGAUAAUCGAUGAAGGAAAGAAUGUUUCUCAUGAAAAACUUAUGGGAAUUACAGAAGAUACGCUACUGGAUGAAACUAGAAGCAAAAAGCUUCGACUUCCGCCAGAUGUGAUUCACUCUUUUAUCGACUGGUGCUAUCCCCCCAUAAUUCAAAGUGGAGGAGUGUACGAUCUUCGACCCAGUGCAGCUUCAAACAAAGAUCCAUUACACGAAGGUGUUAUUAUUUGUUCAAUUGGAGUUCGAUACAAAACAUAUUGCUCAAAUGUCGGACGUACAUUUUUGAUGAAUCCCACUCAGGAUCAAGAAAGUAACUACAAGAUUCUGUGUGACCUACAGUCAUAUCUGCUAUCCAUUAUGAAGGACGGAAUUUUGUCUAAUGAGGUGUACAUCAAAGCAUUGGACUAUAUUCAAGAAAAACGUCCAGAUUUAAAGGCACACUUUACAAAGAAUUGCGGGUUUGUUAUUGGAAUUGAAUUUCGUGAAUCUCAAUUGCUUCUUGCACAAAAAACAUCUCGGCCUUUAAAGGCUGGCAUGACCUUUAAUCUUUCCAUUGGGUUCCAAGGACUCGUCAACCCAAAAAGCAAAGAUUCCAAGGGAAAAUUAUACUCACUUUAUCUUGCAGAUACUGUCCAAAUUACCAAUGGCACUGCAUUGGUAUUGUCUGAAAUAGAAAAGGAUCUUGGAUCCAUUUCGUACGCGUUUGGGGAUGACGAAGAGGAUGAUGAGGUCAAAAUUGUGGAAAAUUUACCAAAAACUCGCGGAGGAGCUGUUAUUGAAUCAAAGUUGCGUCACGAAUCUGAUCGUGCCACUGCCGAGCAAAGACGCAGGCUUCAUCAAAAGCAACUCGCACAGUCGCGUCAAGAGGAAGGACUGUCUAGAUACAGCGAGAACAAGGAUGAUAAACUCAAGGUUCAGCAGGCAGUGUUUCGUAAAUUUGAAAGCUAUCGCAAGGAUUCCCAGCUUCCUCGCAAUAUCAACGAGCUAAAAAUUCUAGUUGAUCGUCGGUCUGAAACCAUUAUCCUACCUGUUUUUGGUCAGGCCGUUCCGUUUCAUGUUUCUACUUUAAAAAAUGUCAGCAAGAGCGAUGAACAGGACUUUGUACUGCUCCGCUUCAAUUUUAUUACUCCAGGUCAAUCGACAGGAAAAAAGGAAGGCCCUAUGCCAUUUGAAGAUCCCAACGCUACCUUUGUGCGAUCUUUGAGCUACCGUAGCAAUGACAUUGGCCGAUUUACAGAGAUUUACAGAGAAAUCAAUGAACUCAAAAAAGAAAUGCAAAAGCGCGACGCUGAGCGACUGGAAAUGGCCGACUUGGUUGAGCAGGCAAGUCUUAUGGAAGUCAAAGGUCGUCGUCCCACUCGAUUGCCUGACGUGUUUGUUCGACCGGGUCUCGAGGGAAAACGAUUUCCUGGUGACCUAGAAAUCCAUUUGAAUGGCUUGAGAUAUCAAUCUCAAUUGAAAAGCGAUCAGAAAAUCGACAUUUUGUUUUCCAAUGUUAAGCAUCUUUUUUUCCAGCCGUGUGAUGGCGAAUUGAUUGUUUUGCUUCAUGUCCACUUGAAAACCCCAAUCAUGCUGGGCAAAAAGAAAACAAAAGAUAUUCAAUUCUACCGUGAAGUUUCUGAUGCUAGCUUUGACGAAACUGGAAACAGACGCCGGCGUGUAAAUUAUGGCGACGAAGACGAACUUGCGCAAGAGCAGGAAGAACGCCGUAAACGUUUACAACUUAACCGAGAGUUUCAACAGUUUUCAGAGCGGAUCGGUGAAAUGAGCAAAAAAAAGGUAUUGGUUGAUGUCCCGCUUCGAGACGUGGCCUUUUCAGGUGUUCCUUUCCGUCAACUCGUCACAUUGCAGCCCACUACAGACUGUCUGGUUCAUCUAUCCGAUACGCCAUUCCUUGUAAUUCCUGUAAAAGACAUUGAGAUAGCGCAUCUUGAGCGUGUUCAGUUUGGCCUCAAAAACUUUGAUUUGGUAUUUGUGUAUAAAGAUUUUCACAAAGCUGUAUCUCAUAUCAAUACCAUCCCUACAAGCCAAAUUGAAACAGUUCGGGAAUGGUUAGACUCGUCAGAUAUUCCAUUUAGCGAAGGUCCUGUUAAUUUGAGUUGGCCACAAAUCAUGAAAACCAUCAAUGACGAUCCUCGAGCCUUUUUUGAAGAGGCUGGUGGCUGGUCGUUUUUACAGACAGACGGCAGUGAGAAUGGAAGUAGUGAAGAGGAUUCGAUAUCCGAGUUUGAAAUGUCUGGAUCUUCUUCGGCUGGUAGCGAGUCUGAUUCUGAUGAUAGUGAAAAUGAUGGCUCAAACGUUUCAGGAUCCGAUUUUUCAGAAUCAGGAUCGGGCGAGGACGAGUCUGGUGAAGAUUGGGACGAGUUGGAGCGCAAAGCGGCCCAGCAUGAUCGCAAAAGGCAUGACCGGGAGGAAGGUCGAGCUGAUCGUGACGAUGAUGACCGACGCUCUACUAAAAAAGGUCGUCGCUAGUUUAACCUUGUUCCAUGUCCGUAUGAGAAAUUUGAAACAACCCAUUUUGCUACAUCCAUUGUUGUAGACUACUUGAUGUAUGCAAACACUGAGUAAAACGUCACUAUUGCAAUGUAUGUCAGAUUGGAUUGAUCCUACAUACUACAUUGUGAUGCAAUAAAUAUGCGAAUCUAUUUCUGUCG